GAUCACUCUCCCAACUGAGCACUCCCCACUUCCCCUAUUAAAAUCCCACCAUUUAGUUUCAAUCCCCUAAGGUAUCCAUCAAAUCACCAAAUCAACAAAAUAAUUUUCGCCAUCCUUGUUGGAUUUUCAAGAUGUCAGGAAGAGGAAAGGGGGGCAAGGGACUUGGCAAGGGAGGAGCAAAGCGCCACCGUAAGGUCCUCCGCGAUAAUAUCCAGGGAAUUACAAAGCCAGCAAUUCGGCGUUUGGCUCGUAGGGGAGGGGUCAAGCGUAUCAGUGGCUUAAUCUACGAGGAAACUCGUGGGGUUCUGAAGAUCUUCUUGGAAAACGUGAUUCGUGAUGCCGUGACCUAUACCGAACACGCGAGGAGAAAGACUGUGACCGCUAUGGAUGUGGUUUAUGCACUGAAGAGGCAGGGUAGGACUUUGUAUGGAUUUGGUGGUUAGAUCUUAGAUGAAUUUAGGGUUUAGGUUUGAGACAGUCGGUGAUGGGGAUUUGAAAGCCUUGCCGUCAAGAAUGCUUGAGCGAUUAGUAUUAGGGCUUGUAAUUAGUUGGUCUGUUGGGAUUAUUAGAAAUUAUAAGUUGUUCUGUUGUUUGCUUUUGCGAUUUGUAAUUCUUCCCUGAAUUGCAGAUUUUAAUGAAAUUUGAAGUUAAU